CCAUUUAUCUCAUCGUAUUGGUGGUUGUUGCUUGCUGCACUUUAUUUUGCCAUAUUUUGUGGCAGUUCUUAUUUUUGUCUCUAAUUUUAUUACCACGUGUCGUGGUAUUUUGUAUAUAUAUAAUAGCAGUUUGCUAUUUGAUUUGUGUACAUAUUUGUUAUUUUUUUUCUUGUUGUUUCUCUACUGUUUGCGGGAACUUCCCAAGUCUGGUUUGUCACUGGAACAAGUCGGGACUUGUCGAAAGAGUCAAGAUUUAAACAGUACAACUAUUUAUUUAUUUAUUGAACAGAUACGCACUUGUUUGAAUAUAAAUAUGGAUCAAGUAGAAGUCGCUGCCAAAGAAAACGAAAACAAAGCCAUUUGGAAGCCCAAGAACCCAUGGGGAGCACCUCAAAAAGAAACAGUCCCAUGCUCAUUGACAGAAGUUAUGAGUGAACAGCUGGCUAAGCAUCUGCAGCUUGAAGAUGAGUUGUCAGCCUUUCCAAGCACUGCAGUGAAUAAUGAACCUCUCAUCACUGGAGACAAUAUUGACACCUCCAGUGACCUGCUGCUGGCCCAGAUGCUGCAGAUGGAGUUUGAUCGAGAGUUUGACUCGCAACUACGGCUUGAAGAGAAAAAAUAUAAUGGAGACAGCAAAGUCUCAAUUUCAUUUGAAAACUAUCGAAUGGCGCACCCAUAUGAUGACAGUGACAGCUCAGAUGAUGAAGUAGACUGGCAGGACACACGUCAUGAUCCAUAUGGACCUGAUAAACCAAAAACCACGCCCAAAAAGGGUUUUACUGGAAAAGGCAAAAAUAUCACCACAAAGCAUGACGAAGAAAUAUGUGGCAGAAGAAAUACUGCACGUAUGGAGAAUUUUGCUUCUGAAUUUCUAGUCGGAGAUGGAAUUGGAAUGGAUCUAAAACUCUCCAAUCAAGUUUUUAAUUCUUUGAAACAACAUUCCUAUUCUGAGCAACGUCGCAGCGCCAAAAUCCACGAAAAAAAGGAGCAUUCAACUGCAGAGCAAGCAGUUGAUUCAAAAACUCGCUUACUAAUGUAUAAGAUGGUGAAUUCUGGGAUAUUGGAAGCAGUUAACGGCUGUAUCAGCACAGGAAAAGAGUCUGUUGUAUUUCAUGCCAAAGGAGGAAGCAUUGAUGAUAAAAUUGUGCCAGAAGAAUGUGCUCUUAAAGUGUUCAAGACAACUCUGAAUGAAUUUAAAACCCGAGACAAGUACAUCAAAGAUGAUUACCGAUUUAAAGACCGAUUCAGCAAGCUAAACCCAAGGAAAAUCAUUCGUAUGUGGGCUGAAAAAGAAAUGCAUAACCUGUCCAGAAUGCAAAGUGCUGGAAUUCCAUGCCCUGAAGUAAUUAUCCUUAAGAAGCAUAUCCUUGUCAUGUCCUUCAUUGGAGAAAACCAAGUGCCAGCCCCAAAACUCAAAGAAAUAAAAAUGAACAGUGAAGAUAUGAAAGGGGCCUAUUACCAGGUGUUAAAUAUGAUGAAGCAGUUAUAUAACGAGUGUAACCUUGUUCAUGCUGAUCUAAGUGAAUACAACAUGCUUUGGCAUGAUGGAAAGGUUUGGUUCAUAGAUGUAAGUCAAUCAGUGGAGCCAACACAUCCUCAUGGGCUUGAAUUUCUCUUCAGGGACUGCAGAAAUGUCUCCACGUUUUUCCAGAAGGCUGGUGUUGCAGAAGCAAUGAAUGCAUUUGAUCUGUUCAAUGCAGUGUCUGGUUUAGAUGUUCAAGCAUCAAAUGAAGCUGAAUUUGUUGCAGCGAUUGAAGCUCUGGAAAAGAUUAAUGAAGAUCAUGUACAGAAGCGUGGCAAAAAGGCUUCAUUUGAUCAGAGUGAUGAUGGGGGUCCUCCAAUAAUAAAUGAUGAAUAAUGUUUUCAUAUAUUUUGAGAUCUGAAAAAAAUAUUUGUCAGGUUUGGUCAGAAGAGAUGAAGGUUUACUUUCUCUAAACAUUCAGUAACCAUGAAGAAUGUUUAUCAGUUUGCACUACAGAAAAGAAUGUACUGUAUGCAAAGAAAUAUCAUUUUUCAAAUGAUGUCAUCAGUAUUUAAGUUUAAAUCAGCCGCCAGAUUUAUUGUUAGUCUGUUUG